GCUGCUUACUUUCACUAUGUAAUCAUUUCAUUUUUUUUUUUAAUAAAUACUACUAGUAUUUCUAUAUUUUUAAUUUUUAACAACAACCUAUCCAUACAGUAUUAUUGCAGUUUAGUUUUGCAAUAGUAAGUUUAAAAAAAAAAAACAUAAAAAAACCUCUUCUUACUCUUGGGCGUUUCCGACGGUAUCUUCCGCCGUUACGCCGCCGUCGGAUACCGUAAUCUUGCACUUAAAAAAUUCCACUUAUUUACUCAUCAGUCCUUUUAAAUCUCAGUAUUUACUAUACGCUACCUUAAUUUUGGGAAAAGUACUUUAGCAUUUCACUUGAGUUUAAUUUCUUGAUUUUGACUUGAGAUCUGCUGCAAAUUUUUUGGAUCAACGGAUUUUUGGUCUGUAAUCAUGUUUUUUCCAGGAAACGGAUUUUAUUUAUAAAUCUGUGAGUUUCUGAAGGAUUUUGUUGGGAAAUUGGACUGAAACUCUGAAUUUUGUGAUGGAACCGAAUAUGGAGGAAGCACUAAAAGCUAAAGCAAAUGCUGAAAGGAGAUUUGUGGAGAGAGACUUUGUAGGUGCAAAAAAUUAUGCUUUAAAAGCUCAGAUGCUGUACCCUCAUUUGGAAGGAAUAUCGCAAAUGGUAGCCACGUUUGGAGUCCAUAGUGCCGCGGAGACGAAGGUUAACGGAGAAUUUGAUUUCUAUGCGAUACUGGGUUUAGAUACCUCUGUUGACAAGGCUAAGUUGAAGAAACAGUAUAAGAAGAUGGCUGUGUUACUCCAUCCCGAUAAGAACAAAAGCAUUGGAGCCGAUGGUGCAUUUAGACUUGUCUCUGAAGCAUGGACGGUGUUGUCUGAUGGUGCCAAAAGAAGCUCGUAUGAUCACAGGAGAAGUUUAUUUACUCUGCACGGUUCUGGUGUUGUUGGGAGCUAUGACAGUUACUCCAAUUCUUCAGUUUCUCAUAAUAGGCGUGAUACAUUUUGGACUGUUUGUACCUCUUGUCACGUUCAGUAUGAAUAUCUUAGGAAGUACGUGAAUAAAAGACUGUCCUGUAAGAACUGUCGUGGUGUUUUCAUAGCUGUUGAAACUGGAUUGGCCCCGGUUAAUGGUUCCUAUCCCUAUAGCUCUUGGUCAAACGGAUAUGGAAGCCAUGGUUGUGGGGUUACAUAUGUCCCAACGACAUCUGUUUAUCCUGCAAAUAAUGGGGUCUCAGGACAUCAUGCUGGACAUUGUUCUGAGCAUGUCUCCAAUUUGUCCUUUCAGUGGAGCACCUGCCCUGGAAAUCCCCCUGCAGUUUUAGAUCCCAAUGGAUCAUCCCCAGCUGUCAGUUUUUCCAACCAGGUGAGUAGGAAAGUCACCAGAAGAAGAGGCAGAGGGAAGCACAACAUGAACAAGGUGGGGAGCAACGUGGCUCUUAACGGGCAUGCUGUGUGCAAUGAACAAAUGCCCCGCAGGCCCGGUAGACCUCCUAAGAAGAUAAAAGUUGGCGUGGAAGGUACAUACAACUAUAGUAAUGGAGAAGUGGCUCCAAAAACUGCUGGAGAAGUUAAAAUGGCUGAUGGAAAUGGGGACGGAAAUUUGAAACAAAAUGUUAAGCUUCCAAAUCCUGCUGAAGCUUCAAUAAGAAGAUUUUCAGCUGCUCCUGCGUUUGAUGCAAGACUGUUACUUAUUGACAAGGCAAGAGCAGAUAUCCGUAAGAAACUGGAAGAGAUCAAGUUGGCUUCAGAAGCUGCUGUUCCAGAGGCCAAGAAGAAGAGAAAGGCAGAUGCUGAGUUUGGUGACUCAAGUGAAAGACCUAAAACAGCAGUGCAGGAAAUUUCUGUUCAUCAGUCAGAACUGAGGAAAACUGGGUCCACGACCAUAGUAGUCCCAGAUUCUGACUUCCAUGAUUUUGACAAGGACAGGUCAGAGGAUUGCUUCAAACCUAAGCAGAUAUGGGCUCUAUAUGACGAGGAAGAUGGUAUGCCUCGCCUGUAUUGUUUGAUUCGUGAAAUCAUCUCUGUGAAACCAUUCAAAGUUCAUAUCAGCUACUUAAGUUCGAAGUCAGAUAGCGAAUUUGGGCUGGUCAAUUGGUUGGAUUCUGGUUUUACCAAGUCAUGUGGAAAUUUUAGGGCCUUCAACUCUGAAGUUGUUGAGCAUGUGAACAUAUUUUCUCACCUGCUAAGUAGGGAGAAAGCUGGAAGGGGAGGUUGUGUUAGAAUCUACCCAAAAAGUGGAGACAUUUGGGCUGUAUAUCGAAAUUGGUCACCAGAUUGGAACAGAACAACCCCUGCUGAAGUGAGGCACCAGUAUGAAAUGGUUGAGGUUCUUGAUGAUUAUUCUGAAGAGCUUGGUCUCUGUGUUACUCCUUUGGUUAAAUUAGAUGGGUUCAAGACAGUAUACUGUAGAAACACAAACAAGGAUGCCAUUCGAUUGAUUCCAAGAAGAGAGAUGUUACGAUUUUCACAUCAGGUGCCAUCUUGCUUACUGAAAGGUGAAGGAACGAACUUGCCUGAGGGGUGCUGGGAUCUUGACCCUGCUGCAAUUCCAGAUGAUUUGCUUCAGCGAGUAAAUGACGCCAAGGAGGAAAGACCUACUGAAGCUGAAAACACAGCGGGAUUUGAUCUAAAUGUGACAUCUCAGGCUGAAACCAAAAUGCCGAUGGAAGAAAAACUUAGUCAACCAGAAUAUCCUGGUGUUCCUGACGAGCUCCAUAACACUAGAUGUGGUUUGCAGAUUCAAGAUAUCUCUAAUGAACCACAAAACCUGUUUAGGAUUUCCACUGAGCUACCUCAAUCGGUGAAGGAAGUUCAUACAUGUGAAGAGCCCAGCAGAAUGGAAAAUUUCUCUGCUACACCAGGUGAGCAUCUUCGGGCUGUAACAGAGGUAUAGGUGAAGGAAAGGCCAAGAAAAGAAGGUAUUAAAAUCAGAGGUCCUUUUCAACGGUCAUUCUAACAGUAUCGAGAUUCAAAUUGUAUAGAUUCAUAACACAGAACGAAGAAUGAUUCUCAAAAUAUUAGAUAGCUCCAAGGAUCCAAGCGAUCCUUAACACGUGCCUCCAUUGUUUUAGGCGGCUAUAGUUCUGAUUAGCGACUUGUAAUGGCAAUUCUUAUUCUGCCCUCAACUGUUUAUUAUGUCUCAGGUUAGUGACUAGACAUAUUCUUGAUGCAUUUGCUGGAUGUACUCAGGAACUUCAGUGUUAUAAGCAUCAGUCAUCCUUGGAAUACCCUACUGUUGUAGUUUAAAUUUUCUAUUCUAUCCUUGGUUUCUCUUCA